CGCCCCUUAGUUUGUCGUUUGUCAACGAAAUAUACAAUAACAGCUUAACUUUUAAAUCCAGCAAGAAGAGCUUUAAUAUGUAAACCUUAUAUAAUAUUGGAUACACUUUACGAAUAUAACCAUGAACUAAAGGAACCUGACAUGCGACCACUUAAACGUCGAUGGAAACCUUUGGCUGCAGCUGUUACUGUGAUCCUGAUCCAAAUCUGGGUCUUCAGUUGGUGCAACAGAGAGAAUGCAGAACAUUUUCCUGUGACACUGACAGAUGCUCCAUUGGACAAUCAGAACCUAAAGAAUCUCAAGCCAUCACUAACUGUGAUUUUGCAGGAUUUUGAUGUCUUUGAAAAUACAAUUUAUGACACUGUGGCAUACAUAGCAAGAAAUUUCACUGAUAUUGAUGUUCUUGUGAUAUCAGAAACCUUGCCCUAUCCACCAGUAAAAGUUCCCAAUCUUCAAAAUGUGAAACUGAUAAUUUUAAAGGCUGAUCCAGGGACAACAUUGAAUGCAACUCGUCCAGAUUUGAAUAUUCGAUCAAACUUUGUACUUUUUAUUCCCGAUGGUAGUGUGUUGGACAUACAUUUUAAAAGAUCUUUUAAUGUUUUUACUCGUAAUUUUGAAGCAGACAAACAGGAAGGCUAUGCAACACCAGUGGGCAAUGUACAGUUAAGUUGCCGUGGAAUAAAUUUCAAUUUGAAGAUGUGGACACUUCAUUUUGGUGAUAUUGUGAAAACUGGAAAGUGUGGCUACAUAAUUGGUGAACAUGGAAUACUACUGGAAACUAAACAUUUAUAUGCUGUAUCUCAACCACAUUUACCAUCAACGUUUAUAUCUCUCUAUGCUCAGCUGUCCUUAGUGCAAUUCAAAUUCACUGUUACUAAAGAUCUUCAUUUAAGAAAGUUGCCUACCAAACCCAAAAGUCCUCAAGCAUUGUGGCAACUGAAACAAUUCAAACAAAAAUCUGUUCAACAACUGUACCAUCAACUUGGAGUAAAGAAGGUUGUUCAUGAAAAUGAAAAGGUUGAUUGGUAUGGGUGUCACAAAGAAUCCACACGAUGUUUCGAUACAGUGUAUCAAGAUAUGCCAGAAUUCUUGUAUCAUGGGCGUUGGACACCUCCUUGUUGCCUGAAUAAUCUUCGUGAAACUUCAAAGCAUGUUUUCACCAUUUUAGAACGCUGCAAGGUUCGUUAUUGGUUGGAAGGCGGAAGUUUGUUGGGCGCGGCAAGAUAUAGGGACAUAAUUCCGUGGGACUAUGAUGUUGAUAUUGGAAUUUAUAAAGAUGACAUAGGGAAAUGUACUCAACUUUCAAGGAUAGCAUUGGAAUCAUAUGUUGAUGAUGAAGGUUACAAGUGGGAAAAGGCAAUAGAGGGAGAUUUUUACAGAGUUCAAUACAGCGAAGUGAAUCAUUUGCAUGUAGACAUUUUCCCUUUUUAUUCUAAAAAUGGUGUAAUGACAAAGGACACCUGGUUUAAGACUCAUCGCCAAGAUACUGAAUUUCCUGAAUAUUUUUUGACUCCUUUAUCUUGGGUAAUGUUUGGAGGUAUAAAUGCCUCGGCCCCUAAUCAUAUCAGAGACUUUCUAGAGUACAAGUUUGGUAAAGGUGUAAUUGAAAGUCCAAAGUAUCCAAAUGCUGAGGUUGUUGUUGGGUAAAUCAGGUUUUUUUUUCACCACUUUUUUAGCUCACCUGAGCACAACGUGCUCAUGGUGAGCUUUUGUGAUCGCCUUUCGUCCGUCGUGCAUUGUCCGUUGUGCGACGUCAACAUUUGCCUUGUUCACUCUCUAGAGGCCACAUUUAUUGUCCAAUCUUCAUGAAAUUUGGUCAGAAGACUGGUUUCAAUGAUAUCUUGGAUGAGUUCAAAAUGGUUACGUUUGCUUGAAAAACAUGGCUGCCAAGGGGCGGGGCAUUUUUCCUUAUAUGGCUAUAUAUGGCUAUAGUAAAAUCUUGUUAACACUCUAUAGGCCACAUUUAUUGUCUGAUCUUCAUGAAACUUGGUCAGAAGAUUCAUCCCAAUAAUAUCUUGGACGAGUUAGAAAAUGAUGCCGGUUGGUUGAAAACAUGGCCGCAAGGGGGCGGGGCAUUUUUCCUAAUAUGGCUAUAGUAAAACCUUGUUAACACUCUAGAGGCCACAUUUAUUUUCCGAUCUUCAUGAAACUUGCUCAGAAGAUUUGUCCCACUGAUAUCUUUGAUGAGUUAAAAAAUGGUAACCUUUGCUUGAAAAACAUGGCUGCCAAGGGGCGGGGCAUUUUUCCUAAUAUGGCUAUAGUAAAAUCUUGUUAACAUUCUAGAGGCCACAUUUAUUGUCCAAUCUUAAUGAAACUUGGUCAGAAGAUUAAUCCAAAUAAUUUCUUGGACGAGUUCGAAAAUGAUGCCGGUUGGUUGAAAAACAUGGCCGCCAAGGGGCGGGGCAUUUUUCCUUAUAUGGCUAUACUAAAACCUUGUUAACACUCUACAGGCCACAUUUAUUGUCCAAUCUUGAUGAAAUAUGGUCAGAAGAUUUGUCUUAAUGAUAUCUUGGAUGAGUUUGAAAAUGGUUACGUUUGCUUGAAUAACAUGGAUGCCAAGGGGCGGGGCAUUUUUCCUUAUAUGGCUAUUUUAGGCUGUGGUAAAAUCUUGUUAACACUCUAGAGGCCACAUUUAUAGUCUGAUCUUCAUGAAACUUGGUCAGAUCUUGGAUGAGUUCAACAAUGGUUUUGGUUGCUUUUAAAACAUGGCCACCAGAGGCUGGGCAUUUUUCCUUAUAUGGCUAUAUAUGGCCUUGUUAACACUCUAGAGGCCACAUUUAUUGUCCAAUCUUCAUGAAAUUUGGUCAGAAGAUUGGUCUCAAUGAUAUCUUGGAUGAGAUCGAAAAUAAUUAUGUUUGCUUGAAAAAAAUGGCUUCCAAGGGGCGGGGCAUUUUACCUCAUAUGGCUUUAGUAAAAUCUUGUUAACACUCUAGAGGCCACAUUUACUGUCCGAUCUUCAUGAAACUUGGUCAGAAGAUUCAUCCCGAUAAUAUCUUGGAUGAGUUCAAAAAUGAUGCCGUUUGGUUGAAAAACAUGGCUGCCAGGGGGCAGGGCAUUUUUCCUUAUAUGGCUAUAGUUAAACCUUGUUAACACUCUAGAGGCCACAUUUAUUUUCCGAUCUUCGUGAAACUUGGUCAGCAGAUUUGUCCCAAUAAUAUCUUGUUAUCUCAGGUAAGCGACUUUGGGCCUUUCAGGCCCUCUUGUUUCUUCCAUUUAUCAGCACAUUCACAAAGUUAAAAAUUAUGCCUUUUAGCUCACCUGAGCACAAGAUGUGGAAGGCGAGUAUUUUAAUCUUCCUUUGUCUGGCAUUGUCAUGUGGUGUGCGGUCUGCGUUGUCACAUUUAUGAUCUUGAAGAAACUUGGUCAGAAUGUUUAUCGUGAGAACGUCUAGGUCAAGUAGAAUGUGGUUCACAUGAGUCCAAAAUCUACGUCAUUAGGUCUUGAUUAGAAAAAAUAUUGUUACCAUUCUAGAGACCACAUUUAUGAGACGAUCUUUAUUCAAAUUGGUCAAAAUAUUUAUGUUUACAUUUUCAAGGCUCUGUUCGAAUCUGGGGUCAUGUGGGUUACCAGGUCAAAUCUAAGGAAACCUGGUAACCUGUGUAGAGGCCACAUAUAUAACUCAAUCUUGAUGGAACUUAUGAGUAAGAAAUGUACUUUGUGUUGAGUAAGCCUGUAUUGGUUUACAUAAGUAUAAGAAUACCCGAGAUUUUGUGUAACCAUCUUGUUUGCCUAAUUACAUUUGCUACAUGGUACCCCGCAGUAAAAUUAUGUUUGUAUGUCACUUUGUACAACACCAGUCACUGAAAAAGGAUUUGCUUAAAAGGGCCAUGAUUCUGCAUUUUUUUGCAGCAAUACUGUUACAUGUAGUUGCUUCCUUUAUCAAAAGGUCCUGAUUGGAUCACCACUCUGUAAGUUUUCUCAAGACCCUCCCCCCUUUCAGGAGACUAUAAAUACUAGCUCUGCCCAGUAACUGACUCUUGUGUAUAAAACUGAUAAAUCUAUUGAUUUUUUUCUUGUUUUGUUUUGUAGAGAAGGUUUUUAAACAUGGUCUUCAUUUAUAAUUAUUUACUGUUUUCCAACAAUUACAAGGUACCUGUAUUACAUAAACAGAUAUUUGCUCUAAUCAGCUGACUUAUUUAAUAAGAGCAUGGUCAUAAACAACACAGAAAUCCCCAACCUUGUUUAUUUUGUAGUUCCUUCUUAAGUACUCUUUAGUUAUUGCAGGAUGCAGAUUUUAAUUUUCAAUUAUUUAUGUUAUUCAUAGAAACCACAAUUUUUUUAAAGGUCAAAACAGACAGAGAGACACAUAUAACAAGAUGUGCUUUUUAUGGGACUAACAAUAUCAUGACAGUCUUGUUUAAAUAUAAGAAAUGAAAAGUUUCAAUAAAACCUUCACUAUUACUAUUUCAAUGGAUGGAAAUUCUAUACCUUGUACUUUUAUUUUAUUAAAAUUACCAUGUCAUGCAUAUUCACAAUAAAUGUAUUAAAAAAACACCAUAUAUAAUGUGGAAACUGCUUUUCUUAUGCGCAGUAUUGUUGUGACUGUUUAGUUUGUAAAUGUAACAUGGACUGAACAUAAUUAUGUUGUUUUGUCUGUAAUUUGAAGAUUUCUAUAGAAAAUCUUAGUGAUACACAAGUAAAUACUAAGCACCUGGUCCUUAUUAAAAUGAAAAACAAGCAGAAAUAAACAUAAAUAUAAACACCUUGA